AUGGCAAAGCCCAAGGCAAGGCCCAGCACUACAGGAGCCUGCAAGGGAAAAACACCAGUCACUCGGCAAGGAUCCAGCACAGCCUCCCGUCCAUCCAACGCAGGACGGAAGCUGCAGCUGGCACAAGGCCGAGGGGGCCCUCCCGGGCGGACUCAGCUAGCCUCAACAUUGCCCAGGGUCCGGGCCCGAGCGCUGCACCAGGGGCGCUCGGCACGAGGCCGAUCAAGGGAAGAUAGUGCAGCAUCUCCGUCGCCGCUGCCACCGCCGCAGACCGUUCCGCGGGCAACAUCCCGCCAACCUCCAAGCCUUGACGUGCCAAACACACGUGGAGCUGGUCCUGUACGUACGACAGCAGCGUCAAGCACGUCCCCACGUGCACAACGCGCUGCUCGACGAAGGGAGGCAGCGCGCCUACAGGAGCAGCGGCAGGAGGAGCAGGCGGGACAGGAGGGAUUGGCGGCACAGGAGGAGCCGGCGGCUGAUGCAGUUGAGGCUGGGGUAGAGGAAACUGGUUCACGGGGGGAUGCCGCUGCUGCGGGGCCAGGUUUGACGCGGCGGGGGGAGCCUGUUGUUGCUGCAGAGGCUGACUCGACGGGGGUGGAGCGGGAGAUGCAAUUGCCUACUGCUGUGAUUGCAACCGCCUCUGGCGACGACUCAUUCGCGCCCGCUGCGGCGCAGACUGCGGUGCCGACGGCGCCACCGGCGGACGGGGUUCUGGCUGCGGAGGAGGAGGCACGUGUGAAGCGGGGGUUGGCUGAUUCACCGACGCCGUUGAUGGCGGUGUCCCCGUCAACUCUCGGGGAGUUGGAGAUUGCUGCAGACGUAGCUGGGGCAGCGAGGCAACAAGAACAACCCCCGAACGAACCGUCUGCACCGACUGCCGCUGAGAUCGCUGAAAUGCCUGCUGCUGCCACGGCCGUAAACACGCAGGAGCAUGGCCAGGCGGUGGAUGGAAUUGAGGGUCCCGUGAACAGCGCCGCUUCCGGCGCUGCACCGGCGAGGAGGAAGGUGAAGCUGCGCGUCCAGUCAGCACCGAGGCGGCCCGGAGCAGGGCUGCGACCUGGGGUCCCGGGACCCCUCCUGGGCUGGCUUAGGCAAGGGCAGUCGCCACCGGGGAAUUGUGUGGGGCAGGCCGACGGGGGCAAGACGAGCGAUAAUGGCGACCCCCUGGGUGCCGGCUAG